AGUAAUCAGAAAACUCCAAAAUCCUUCCCAGUUCUAACCCUUUCCUCUCUUCUCCCUCCCACUGCCCCGCCCACGGCCACCGCCACCGCCACCGCCCCGCCCACGCACACCGUCUGCACCAUUUUCCUUUUCCUUUUCCCCUUUCCUUCUUCUCCAUUUCUCCCUCUCGGCCGCAGAUAUUGUAAAAGAUGUCGGGCCAAACCCAGCGUUUGAAUGUAGUUCCAACAGUAACAAUGCUUGGAGCGAUGAAAGCUCGUCUUAUUGGUGCAACCAGAGGUCAUGCUCUCCUCAAGAAGAAGAGUGAUGCUUUGACUGUUCAGUUCCGUCAGAUACUCAAGAAGAUUGUCUCAGCUAAGGAGUCAAUGGGAGAAGUCAUGAAGACAUCUUCAUUUUCUCUUACCGAAGCGAAAUAUGUUGCUGGCGACAACAUCAAGCAUAUCGUCCUUGAGAAUGUCCAAAAUGCAGCUAUUAAGAUUCGAUCUCGGCAGGACAACAUUGCUGGUGUAAAACUCCCGAAAUUUGAACAUUAUUCGGAUGGUGAGACCAAAAAUGAUCUCACAGGGCUAGCCAGGGGUGGACAACAGAUCCAGCUAUGUCGUGGCGCGUAUGUGAAGGCAAUUGAGGUUCUUGUUGAGCUUGCUUCACUUCAGACGUCAUUUUUGACUCUUGACGAGGCAAUUAAAACCACAAACCGCAGGGUUAACGCUCUAGAGAAUGUGGUGAAGCCAAGGAUAGAGAAUACUAUAAGUUACAUCAAGGGAGAAUUGGACGAGCUAGAAAGGGAGGAUUUCUUUAGACUGAAAAAGAUUCAGGGUUAUAAGAGAAGGGAAAUCGAGAGACAACGAGCCAACGCCAAGCUAUAUGCGGAGGAACAGCUUGCUGAGAAGGUGUCAUUGCAGAAGGGCGUCUCCAUAAGUUCAGCUUACAGUCUAUUGUCUGCAGCUGGUGAGAAGGAUGAGGAUAUUAUAUUUUGAGUUCAAGGUUAGUUCUUCUAUUGUUUUUUGGUUAUCUGCGGUGAAAAUUUGAUUUGGUGAUCUGAAUAAAACACCAUAAGCUGUAGGCAUAAUGUAUUUAUUUGAUUGCUGUCAGUUUCAAGGCUUCCGGGUCUUGUAAUUACUUGAGUUAAGUAAGUGGGUAUGAAUGAAUAAAACACCAUAUCAAUCUAUUUAUUUGAU